AUGGUGCUACUAGUAGUGCUGGCAGGUGCUGCGGUGGUGGGUGUGGGCCGUGCUGCCUCACUGAUCUUCUUCCAAGGCAGCCAGACAAGGAGUGUUGAAAGUGCAGGUGAGGGAAGAGAGGCAGUGGUGCCAAUAGUGGCGCUUGGGGUGGCGUUAGAAGCAGGUGCUGUGGCCGUGGGUAUGGAGCGUGCUUGCCUCACUCAUCCUCUUUCACGCCGGCCAAACCAGAGCGGCGAGAGUGGGCAAAGUGCAGGUGGGGGAAAGAGAGGGCGCAAUGAGGCAGUGGCGACAGCAGGUGCCUUCGCAGUGGUGGCAGGUGCCUUUGCAGUGGUGGCAGGUGCCUUUGCAGUGGUGGCAGGUGCCUUUGCAGUGGUGGCAGGUGCCUUUGCAGUGGUGGCAGGUGCCUUUGCAGUGGUGGCAGGUGCCUUUGUAGUGGUGGCAGGUGCUGUGGUCGCAGGUGCCUUCGCAGUGGUCGCAGGAGGGUGCAAGGCGUGCCUUCUCAGUGGUGGUCUGGUCUCCAGCCGAAAUUUGUACAUUUCUCCUGUCUUCUCACUGUGUCCGCCCAAUUUCCCUCUCUCGCUUGCCACCCACUACAGCUCCUGUGCCGUGGUGGGUCCUCACCUCUCCCAUGCACCCUCCGCGCCUCACUUUGGGGCAGCCAUCGACUCGCACUCCCUCGUGCUGCGCAUGGGGCAGCGCACCUCGCCCACCCGCCUGCAGGCCUACGUGCGUGUUGCUGGGACAGCAUGUUCACUUGCACUCCCCCAUGCUGUCUACGGCCCAGCAACAAGCCUGGGUUGUGGCACAGUAGCAACAAGCCUGGGUGGUGGCACGGUAGCAACAAGCCUGGGUGGUGGCACGGUAGCAACAAGCCUGGGUGGUGGCACGGUAGCAACAAGCCUGGGUGGUGGCACGGUAGCACAAGCCUGGGUGGUGGCAGUAGCAACAAGCCUGGGUGGUGGCACGGUAGCAACAAGCCUGGGUGGUGGCACGGUAGCAACAAGCCUGGGUGGUGGCACGGUAGCAACAAGCCUGGGUGGUGGCACGGUAGCAACAAGCCUGGGUGGUGGCACGGUAGCAACAAGCCUGGGUGGUGGCACGGUAGCAACAAGCCUGGGUGGUGGCACGGUAGCAACAAGCCUGGGUGGUGGCACGGUAGCAACAAGCCUGGGUGGUGGCACGCCUGGGCACCCUUCUUGCUCUCUCCCUUCUUGCUCUCUCCCUUCUUGCUCUCUCCCUUCUUGCUCUCACCCUUCUUGCUCUCUCCCUUCUUGCUUUCUCCCUUCUUGCUCUCGCCCUUCUUGCUCUCUCCCUUCUUGCUCUCUCCCUUCUUGCUCUCUCCCUUCUUGCUCUCUCCCUUCUUGCUCUCUCCUUCUUGCUCUCUCCCUUCUUGCUCUCUCCCUUCUUGCUCUCUCCCUUCUUGCUCUCGCCCUUCUUGCUCUCUCCCUUCUUGCUCUCUCCCUUCUUGCUCUCUCCCUUCUUGCUCUCUCCCUUCUUGCUCUCGCCCUUCUUGCUCUCUCCCUUCUUGCUCUCUCCCUUCUUGCUCUCGCCCUUCUUGCUCUCUCCCUUCUUGCUCUCGCCCUUCUUGCUCUCUCCCUUCUUGCUCUCACCCUUCUUGCUCUCUCCCUUCUUGCUCUCGCCCUUCUUGCUCUCUCCCUUCUUUCUCUCUCCCUUCUUGCUCUCUCCCUUCUUGCUCUCUCCCUUCUUGCUCUCUCCCUUCUUGCAUUCUCCCUUCUUGCUCUCGCCCUUCUUGCUCUCUCCCUUCUUGCUCUCGCCCUUCUUGCAUUCUCCCUUCUUGCUCUCUCCCUUCUUGCUCUCUCCCUUCUUGCUCUCGCCCUUCUUGCUCUCUCCCUUCUUGCUCUCUCCCUUCUUGCUCUCUCCCUUCUUGCUCUCUCCCUUCUUGCUCUCGCCCUUCUUGCUCUCUCCCUUCUUGCUCUCUCCCUUCUUGCUCUCUCCCUUCUUGCUCUCUCCCUUCUUGCUCUCUCCCUUCUUGCUCUCUCCCUUCUUGCUCUCUCCCUUCUUGCUCUCUCCCUUCUUGCUCUCUCCCUUCUUGCUCUCUCCCUUCUUGCUCUCUCCCUUCUUGCUCUCGCCCUUCUUGCUCUCUCCCUUCUUGCUCUCUCCCUUCUUGCUCUCGCCCUUCUUGCUCUCUCCCUUCUUGCUCUCGCCCUUCUUGCUCUCUCUCUUCUUGCUCUCACCCUUCUUGCUCUCUCCCUUCUUGCUCUUUCCCUUCUUGCUCUCGCCCUUCUUGCUCUCUCCCUUCUUGCUCUCUCCCUUCUUGCUCUCUCCCUUCUUGCUCUCUCCCUUCUUGCUCUCACCCUUCUUGCUCUCUCCCUUCUUGCUCUUUCCCUUCUUGCUCUCGCCCUUCUUGCUCUCUCCCUUCUUGCUCUCUCCCUUCUUGCUCUCUCCCUUUUUGCAUUCUCCCUUCUUGCUCUCGCCCUUCUUGCUCUCUCCCUUCUUGCUCUCUCCCUUCUUGCUCUCUCCCUUCUUGCUCUCUCCCUUCUUGCUCUCGCCCUUCUUGCUCUCUCCCUUCUUGCUCUCGCCCUUCUUGCUCUCUCCCUUCUUGCUCUCUCCCUUCUUGCUCUCUCCCUUCUUGCUCUCGCCCUUCUUGCUCUCUCCCUUCUUGCUCUCUCCCUUCUUGCUCUCUCCCUUCUUGCUCUCGCCCUUCUUGCUCUCUCCCUUCUUGCUCUCUCCCUUCUUGCUCUCUCCCUUCUUGCUCUCUCCCUUCUUGCUCUCUCCCUUCUUGCUCUCGCCCUUCUUGCUCUCUCCCUUCUUGCUCUCGCCCUUCUUGCUCUCUCCCUUCUUGCUCUCUCCCUUUUUGCAUUCUCCCUUCUUGCUCUCGCCCUUCUUGCUCUCUCCCUUCUUGCUCUCGCCCUUCUUGCUCUCUCCCUUCUUGCUCUCGCCCUUCUUGCUCUCGCCCUUCUUGCUCUCUCCCUUCUUGCUCUCGCCCUUCUUGCAUUCUCCCUUCUUGCUCUCUCCCUUCUUGCUCUCUCCCUUCUUGCUCUCGCCCUUCUUGCUCUCUCCCUUCUUGCUCUCGCCCUUCUUGCUCUCUCCCUUCUUGCUCUCUCCCUUCUUGCUCUCUCCCUUCUUGCUCUCACCCUUCUUGCUCUCUCCCUUCUUGCUCUCUCCCUUCUUGCUCUCACCCUUCUUGCUCUCUCCCUUCUUGCUCUCUCCCUUCUUGCUCUCGCCCUUCUUGCUCUCUCCCUUCUUGCUCUCUCCCUUCUUGCUCUCUCCCUUCUUGCUCUCUCCUUCUUGCUCUCUCCUUCUUGCUCUCUCCCUUCUUGCUCUCUCCCUUCUUGCUCUCUUCCUUCUUGCUCUCUCCCUUCUUGCUCUCGCCCUUCUUGCUCUCUCCCUUCUUGCUCUCUCCCUUCUUGCUCUCUCCCUUCUUGCUCUCUCCCUUCUUGCUCUCGCCCUUCUUGCUCUCGCCCUUCUUGCUCUCUCCCUUCUUGCUCUCUCCCUUCUUGCUCUCUCCCUUCUUGCUCUCUCCCUUCUUGCUCUCGCCCUUCUUGCUCUCUCCCUUCUUUCUCUCUCCCUUCUUGCUCUCUCCCUUCUUGCUCUCUCCCAUCUUGCUCUCUCCCUUCUUGCAUUCUCCCUUCUUGCUCUCGCCCUUCUUGCUCUCUCCCUUCUUGCUCUCGCCCUUCUUGCAUUCUCCCUUCUUGCUCUCUCCCUUCUUGCUCUCGCCCUUCUUGCUCUCGCCCUUCUUGCUCUCUCCCUUCUUGCUCUCUCCCUUCUUGCUCUCUCCCUUCUUGCAUUCUCCCUUCUUGCUCUCUCCCUUCUUGCUCUCUCCCUUCUUGCUCUCGCCCUUCUUGCUCUCUCCCUUCUUGCUCUCGCCCUUCUUGCUCUCGCCCUUCUUGCUCUCUCCCUUCUUGCUCUCUCCCUUCUUGCUCUUUCCCUUCUUGCUCUCACCCUUCUUGCUCUCUCCCUUCUUGCUCUCACCCUUCUUGCUCUCUCCCUUCUUGCUCUCUCCCUUCUUGCUCUCGCCCUUCUUGCUCUCUCCCUUCUUGCUCUCUCCCUUCUUGCUCUCUCCCUUCUUGCUCUCUCCCUUCUUGCUCUCUCCUUCUUGCUCUCUCCCUUCUUGCUCUCUCCCUUCUUGCUCUCUUCCUUCUUGCUCUCUCCCUUCUUGCUCUCGCCCUUCUUGCUCUCUCCCUUCUUGCUCUCUCCCUUCUUGCUCUCUCCCUUCUUGCUCUCUCCCUUCUUGCUCUCGCCCUUCUUGCUCUCGCCCUUCUUGCUCUCUCCCUUCUUGCUCUCUCCCUUCUUGCUCUCUCCCUUCUUGCUCUCUCCCUUCUUGCUCUCGCCCUUCUUGCUCUCUCCCUUCUUUCUCUCUCCCUUCUUGCUCUCUCCCUUCUUGCUCUCUCCCUUCUUGCUCUCUCCCUUCUUGCAUUCUCCCUUCUUGCUCUCGCCCUUCUUGCUCUCUCCCUUCUUGCUCUCGCCCUUCUUGCAUUCUCCCUUCUUGCUCUCUCCCUUCUUGCUCUCGCCCUUCUUGCUCUCUCCCUUCUUGCUCUCACCCUUCUUGCUCUCUCCCUUCUUGCUCUCUCCCUUCUUGCUCUCUCCCUUCUUGCUCUCUCCCUUCUUGCUCUCUCCCUUCUUGCUCUCUCCCUUCUUGCUCUCGCCCUUCUUGCUCUCGCCCUUCUUGCUCUCUCCCUUCUUGCUCUCUCCCUUCUUGCUCUCUCCCUUCUUGCUCUCUCCCUUCUUUCUCUCUCCCUUCUUGCUCUCUCCCUUCUUGCUCUCUCCCUUCUUGCUCUCUCCCUUCUCCCUUUCAUCCCCCUCUCCCUUUCAUCCCCCUCUCCCUUUCAUCCUUCCCUCCCUUGGAUUCCCCCCUCUCCCCACGCACCAGCCUGGGCAGUCGAACAGACGAGUGGGUGGAGGUGGAAGGGAAGGAAGAGAGAUCCCCUCCUUUCUGUCACAACUCCUUGUGCUCUCUCCCCUCUCCCUUCAAUCUCCCCCUCCGUCUCCCCACCAGCCUGGGCAGUCGAACAGAUGUGUGGGUGGAGGUGGGGGGUGGAGGGGGAGGGGGCCUGCACGGCACACACGAGUGUGGGGAGUAAGAGUGUGGGGAGUGAGGGUGUGGAGAGUGGGAAUGUGGCGAGGGAAAGUGUGGGGAGUGAGAGAGUGGAGAGUGAGAGAGUGGGGAGUGAGAGAGUGGGGAGUGAGAGAGUGGGGAGUGAGAGAGUGGGGAGUGAGAGAGUGGGGAGUGAGAGAGUGGGGAGUGAGAGAGUGGGGAGUGAGAGAGUGGGGAGUGAGAGAGUGGGGAGCGAGAGAGUGAGGAGUGAGAGUGUGGGGAAUGAGGGUGUGGGGAGUGGGAAUCUGAGAGUGGGGAGUGAGAGAGUGGGUAGUGAGAUAGUGGGGAUUGAGAGAGUGGGGAGUGAGAGAGUGGGGAGUGAGAGAGUGGGGAGUGAGAGAGUAGGGAGUGAGAGAGUGGGGAGUGAGAGAGUGGGGAGUGAGAGUGGGGACUCGGCCCUUGUUGCCUCACUGCCCUGGCUGCCACCGCUGCAGCAGCUGGGUUUGAGCAGAGGGCACGUGGGCAGGCGACGAGGGGAUGCAGGGGAGGAUGAUGAGGCCCUCUUCCUCCCCCACGCACUAACGGACGAAGCUCGCCGCCUCUUCAACGCCUUUGCCCACCGCUUCCAAUGUGCCAUCGGUGCUCCCAUGCCUGCAGCCUCUGGUGCUGCUUCUAGUGCUACAGCUGCUGCUGCUGCUGCAACAAGUGGGGUGGUGGCAGCGGCAGCAGGGGCAGCAGGGGCAGCAGGGGCAGGAGGGGAAGCAGUCAUCCCCAUCCCCAUGCCGCACAUGCCCCCGCACUGGCCCGUGCUCUACGUGCUGCUGCAUGCGUGCGACAAGCUCACAUUGUUUGGCCUUACCCGCAACGCCUCCGUGCAUGUGCUGCAGAGCCCCAUGCACGUGCCUUCAGUGCGAUCAGAGCUGCAUCGGCGCCCAUCGCUGCUGGUGCUAGAGUCACUGCUCCAUUCACUGGCACGCACCAACUUGCUCAGCUGCUGCGGGGGCAUCGAAGACCACUUCUGUCGCCUGCCACUGCUGCUGCCUGUGCGUGAUAGAGGUGGGAGAGAGAGUGUUGCCUCUGGGGGUGAUAGGGGUGCGAGCAGUGAGAGGGACAGUGUUGCCUCUGGUGCUAGUGGAACAGGGGAGGUGGCUUCUGGUGCGGGUGGUAAUGGUGCAGGCUUGCUUGGUGGAGAGGGGACUGGGGAAGGAGUUGGGGUGGCAGGUAGAGGCAUGGGAUGGGCUGGACAGGAGAGGCAGGAGAAAGAGGGGACAGGGCAGGGGGGUGAGGAAGCUCGCAGUGGUGCUGGCGAUGGUGAAGUGCAUGGGAACGAAGGGGGCACUGCUCUUAGCAGAAGAUCUGUUAACGAGGAAGACUAUGAUGAGGAUGAGGUGGAUAGCAGAGGCAGGGCAGGGAAGGUGGUAGGGGGGCAGGGUGCUGUGGAGGGGGCAGGGUGGGGGGAUGAGUAUGGGGACGAGGGGGAGGAAUGGGGGGAGGCGGGAGAGGGGGAAGGGGGGGGAGAAGGGACGGGUGGGGGGGAAGAUGAUUACGAGUAUGAUGAUGACUACUAUGGGGCGCCUAUUGAGGAGUUGAUGAGUGACCUGGAGCAUGCCAAUGCGGCACAUGCCCAAGAGGUGCAACAAACAGAUGCGUAA